CUGCUGUUUCUGCUGGGCUUCGUGUUGUGUCUAAAGUGUCUGGAUACAAGGAAAAGUGACGAUCGGUAUUGCGAUAUGAGUCCUUGCUAUGCCACGAAUUUGGCCUGUAAAAAUAAUGUCUCACUCAAGGAUUGCUUCCGACAAACCAAACUGCUAAGGGAGGACGAGUACAAAGACCUUAUCGAGAAUAUUUUCAAUACGCUACGCAAUAAUGUGGCCAGUGGCAAAGUCUAUAGAAAUUUGCGGCCAGCUGCGCAGAUGGUCAAAAUGUCGUGGAACAGCGAACUGGCGUAUUUCGCCCGACUGGAUGUGAGACGAUGCACUUUAUUGCCUCGGCCGUGCAUGUGCUCACCGGACUUCUAUCGCGUUGGCAGUCUAGCUGAUAUAUACGGCUAUCCAAAUGACAAUUCUACCUUGUCUAUACAUACCACCAUACGGCGCAUAACCAGUAGCUGGAUGUCUGAGGUUCGCAGCAUUACGCCAUCCAACAGGCGCCAUCUGCCCCCCAAAGAUGAAGUAAACGAAAUUAUUUUCUCAACAACUUUGCUGCUAAUCGAGCAUAAUUCGCAGUUUGGCUGCGCUGUGCUGCGCUAUGCGAGUGGAUUAUACAGAUAUCUCACUCUGAGCUGUGCAUUUGGCACCGACAACGAGGAGGGUAAGCGGCUGUACAGAUGGGGCCUUAGACCCGGAAUCAGGUGCCGAUAUCGCGAUGCAAAAUAUACAAAUCUAUGCGCAGCUGGCGAGAAAUAUCAGCACUCAUUGGCCUAUAGGAAAAUGGAUUCUGUUAAGUUGUCGAAAAGAUUUUAAUAAUAUUAAUAAAAAUGAGGUAAAUUUUUUUGUGCAUAAAUGUGAUUAUUAUUGAAAUAUGCCUUAAAAUUACCAUGCUUUGUGCUCCCUCA